GUACAUGUCAGCUGUCAAAGCAAAUGGCGCCGAUGGGCUAACGACAUUUCCAUCGCCAAGGCAUCAGGUCAACCAGGAUGUUUACAUGAAACUUUGAUGCCUUAAGGAUGAUUCCUACAAGUAUGAUAUGACCCAGGAGACCGAUUGAGAUCAUUUCAAAUAGUCUGCACAGUAGGACACAUCAUCUGGAUGCACGCAGACCCCUACAAAUAGAUGCUUAGAGGCACCUAACCCAAGAAUAGGGGAAACGGAAAAGUGAAGAAGUACUUCAUGAUUUUGAGCGGAUUUUGUUGUAGUUUGUGAUACAGAUAAUGAAAACACGAAGUAGAAGAUGAUGAUUAAAUUCAUGACGGAGCCCUGACAUGUUUCCAUAACUUGUUUGGUUGGUGAAAAUAAGAAUCUUGAGUGUAGUUUAAUAAACAUUAGGUGAUGUGGGAAACUGGGAAUGGUGAAAGUGAUUUUUGUUUUGCAGCUGUGCAUGUCGAUUUAGCACACAUGUUCAUGAAGUGUCAUUAUUGAGGAAGAAUAGAGCUACACGUAUUAGCAAGUGGAAACAGUUUCUUAAACUUUGAGUCCAGGUAUUCACCCAUUUCAAAAUGGCUUCCGCUGGAGGGUCGUCCAGCAGCAAGAAGAACAAGAAGAAGAGGCACAGCGCCCCCGUCGUCUCGUCCCCAAACACGAUCUCGUACGGACCACCACCAACGCAGACGGUUACCAACCCCGCCAUGCCGGUGCAACUGCCAGGUUACCCCGUGCAACCAGGACUUUACGCCCCUGAGGGGUACCCAUUACAGACCCCGAGUGGAUACCCUGCUCCCUUCCCUGCAGGGGGUGUUCCCAGGAUGGCAGUCCCGACCCAACCCAUGAUGCCACUACCACAGAGGCCACAACAGCAGCCACAACUGCAGCCACAACCGCAGCCACAACAGCCACCACCUCAGAGGCAACUGGACUUUAGUCAGGCGAUGGCUGACUUCAAGGGCAUGUUUCCAAACAUGGAUCUAGCUGUGAUUGAGACCGUUCUGAGGUCUAACAGCGGCAAGGUAGAUGAGACGAUCGAUCAGCUGUUGAAGCUUAACGCUGAUAUACCUGAGACUGCUCCAGCACCACCACCACCACCUGUUAUGCAGCCCUCAACCGGUUUCCCUGUACCCCCUUCACAGCUUCCACCAGAGAUGUUAGGUAAUUUCCUAGAUGAGCCCCCUCCUUACUCGCCUCCGGAAGCAGACAGUCCAUUCUCUAGGUUCAACAGCAACACCCCUCCUCAAUCCAAUACCCCUACCACACCAGCACCACCCGUACCCGUAGCUCGCAGUCGUGACCCUACCACCGUUCAACGUACCCCUCCUCAGGGCCCGCCCCUCGGAGGACGCAGAGCUUGGGGGGAGAGGAGAGCGUCAGCAGUGCCACAAGGGAGAACUACAGGAACGUCAUGCAGCGAAUGGGGGACCUACAGACCUCGGGAAUGGAACCCUCCUAUGGUGGGCAACCUUCCUACCGAUUUCUUGAGGUUGUCCGUUUCAGGAGGAGGAGACUCGCCCUCAAGUACGCCUUCACCCUCCACUGAAACAUCGCAGCUUGGGAUGGCUCCAGGUAUCAAGCAGAAAUUAGAUGAAAACACCAACAGACGGAGAUCACUAGGUCAGAACAAUGCAGAGUCCCACCGGAUGCUGGAAGAUGAGAAGCUUGCACUGAUGAUGCAGAAUGAGGAGUUCCUUCGUCAGCUCCAGCAGGACCCAGAAUUCUUGUCAGCACUCGAGAGAGAUUACCAUGAUGCUUUACGUGAGGGACGGACCACAAGCAAUACAGCACCAACUACAGCUGCCACACCUACGCCAUCACCCAUUUCUCCUCCCCCACGCCCCUCGCUAGCCCCCGUUCACCGGCAGCCCCCACCAGACAUGGCCAAUCGCCCCCUCCCUGCUACCCCGGGUCCAGAACUCCCUGCUAGACCCUCCAGGAUGAAGAGAGAAAGCAGUGGUUCUUCCUUGCCGUCCUCCAGUGCAGGAGGUAGCAGAGGGAUGACGAAUGGAGCGACAAGUGCCUCUGGAGGAUUAUCUGUGGAAGACAUUGAUUUUAGGAAUAAACUCAAUCAUAUGGGAAAAUCUUCUAAGACAAAAUUAUUUCAGCAGGCGGGAAGAUUUCAGAAGAAAAAGAAAGCCUCCAAGAAAUACGAGACAGAAGGUGGUGCUAGUGAUGCUUUGCUGGGCGGUGAAAGCCUCUAUGAAGAACUUAAGGAUAAUGAUCUCGCUCAUGAAGUAAAGAAGAGAUCAUCUAAGAAAAGACAUUCCUUUGGGCGACAGCGUUCCUUGUUAACUUAUGAAGAGUGUGAUCCCAACUUCUUCUCAAGAUGAAAAAUGGAAAACAGUAAAAAAAUUCACAGGGGGAUAUCAAAGUUUGUGACCUUAUAGCAACAUUGUACACAUCGGUGCUCUAAGGCUUCUCCGCAGGACGGUGUUUAGCCUCGGUCCUGAUUGAGUGACAGUGGUCUUGCAGAGUACCAGGGGAUUGCUUCAGGAUGAUUGGAGCAAUAUUAUACUGGUUCACCCAUUGUCUGCGUGAAUCAGCCGGACCCUGUAGGGAGCCUAUGAGGAAAAGAGAAUCCUGCAGUCAGCGGGUUAAAAAGUAUGUACAUGGUGUAUGCAUUGCCAAUCAUGACAUAUAUAUUACCCUUGCCGGGGAAACUUUACACUCAAUAUUUCUUUUCCGAAAUCCCUCACAUGUGGCAUUGGCACCAAGGGUAAUUUGUACCGGCGAGGACCCUGGAAUGGAUUAACCCUCGCAACGCCAGCAAAAAUUGAAAAGCAUCUAUAUUUUGCAGGAUAUUGGUAUAUUUCAAGUCGUUAAAGACUUGUCGGUUGUCUGUUGCUGCAAGGAACUCACAUGCUCGUUAUGGGAUGCUACAAAUCUAUGUUGUCUAUGGAGUAAAGAGGCGAGCUAGGAACAAUGUCUCAAGUAUUCCGAGAGGUUGAAUCACAAUAGUAGAGAUAUAUUAUAGGGCCUUUUCUUCACAGCACCAAGCUUUCGACUUUGUACACAGUAUAUUUUUGUAGACAACCAAAUUCAAGUUUGUGUAGAUGUAGAAUUAGAAAACUUUGGUAUAUGACAUUUUGUAAUAUGCUCUUUGACAACUUCCAUCUAAGACUCCCAUCGUACUUUAUUGCACAAAUAAAGCUUUUAGAACGUUUGUUUAUUGUAAGAUUAGCUAUAAUUUGUUUACAUCCUAUCCAUUGGAAAGCAAUCACGAUGCAUGAUACAUUGGGAUAUAUGUGCUGGAGCUAUGUUAGUUAUCGGUUUUAAUUCAAGGAAGUCUUCAAAAAAUAGAAUAGUGUCACAAAGAUUGUGCAAAUUUUGUUUACAACAUGACCUUCAAUAGGAUAUUCUGCUCUCUCUCUCUCACUGAAUACUGUUUAACUCAAACUGUCAAAAAAUGAUCUAAUAGUGCGCUGUAAAACCACAACAUUUUUACAAUCAUGAAAAUUUCAUCCAAUUUUACCAGUUGUUGAGAUUGAAAAAAGUUUCCUGCUUCGUAAUGUUUUAAUCGCAACUGACACAACACUGAAUUUUUGCAAUCCUCAAAAAUGGCUGCAGUUUGCAAUUCACAAGUUUGUAAGUCAAGAUAGUGUCCAUGUUGUUUUGUAAUAGAGAAGAGAUCCAGAGAUGACCAAAGUUUCAAACAUUUUGACAGUACUGUGCAUGAUCCAGUUUAUAAACUUACUUAUAUUAUUUAAAGCACAUGUAGGUAUAUAUUGUUGCUUUGAAAGCAAGAAGGAGUAGUUGUGGACAUGAAGCAAGUUCUUAAAGAUGGCUUCUAAUAAACGUAGCAUAUAGUUUCUUCUCUGCCCCAGUUAUAUAUGUCAUCAUACUACAGUGUAUAUUUAUUAUAUUCAAACCUGUACUUAGCACUUCUUGAGUCAGUACUCUUUGUUCUAUUGUAUUCUAAAAUUCAUUCAUUCCAUUUUUUCUGUUACACUUCCUUUUACAACUCAGUUUAGGACUAUUUUCAUGAAUAUUCUGCAUUAUAAUUAAGAUGUUGAAUAGUAAUUAAUUGGGGCAUUUAAUCUAAUAUAGUGCCUUGAAUCGUAUUCAAAUCCUAGUACUUCUUUAAAUAAUUGAAACGAAUGAUUGUCACCUUGCUUAUUUGUUAGCAAUAUAAAUUGUAUAUUCUAUAGCCUCAUUCACAUAUGACUAGUAAACUGCCACAAAAACAAACAAAAAACUGCAGUAAAAUAUUUUGAAAAGGGUAGUUUGCGUCAUAUUUCUGUAUCUUCAAAAUGUAUAGAUACAUUUAGAUUUAAGUGAGUUUGUGUAGUGGCCUUUGUUGCAUUUAGGAUGAUGUAGCUUUAAAAAAAAAUUACCCAGAUUACUAUUCAUUUCCAAGUAAAGUGGUUGUAUUUUUGCUGCAGAUUUCUUUUUUUUUAAAGCGAGUUUACGGCAUCGUGUGUGAGCAGGGCUUAACUUUGGAUCUUACUGCCUUGCCGAGAA